AUGGCUUUCCAAUGUUGUAAUAAUUCAAACAUUGAUGAGCAGGAAUGUUCAAUUCCCUGUUCACCUACUAGCAGACUUUUAGUUAUACCUCCCAUUCCCAAUCUAAACGAGGGCUAUGGCUGCAAUUUGGAAUUAACUUCACAGCGUGGUAGGUCACCCGCCAAAAAUGGUGCAGUUUUUACUCCAUUAUAUAACCAGUCUUUAUCACCGGAUCCAGUAUUCAUAAGGAAAGCGGAAUCGCGUCCUAUUUCACCUCUACCACUAAAUUUUGUACCUGGUACAUCUCCUUCUAGUACACUUAUUGAGACUAAAGUUACGAAUUUUGUACAGACACCUUUGGGACCUGCUAAACAGGAGGCUUUUACUAACCUUAGCUUAUCUCCUUCUACCCCUAUUGGGGUUCAAACCUGUAUUGGACCUGUUUCUCAUUCAUUAUCUCAUUCUUCAUUUGGAUAUAGCAAUUUGUAUUUACAGAAUAUAGAGGAUACUAAAAGCCCUCCACCUACUAUUAUAGAUCAUAAAUACAGUAACACAUUUUCCACUGAUAAUGCGAAUAACUCAUCAAUAUAUUCAUGCAGAAAUUGUUGCACAUCUGCAUUAAAGGGGGCCAGUGAAGUACAUAAGGGUCUAGUAGAUAAAGAGGAGAUAGAUAAUGUGAAGGCAAAACUAAAGGACAAACAAAUUGGAAGUGAUCUAGCUAUUGAGAAAUUUGAUGUAACUGAAUUAAAACAAGUGAAUGAGGGAUCUUGUAAAAGGGAAUGGGAUGAGAUUCCUGUUACAAAUUCUAUUGAUAAAAACAAACCUAUAAAUAGUAACCCUUCAGAAAAUAAUACAUCAGAAAAAUUAAUUACUGAUAUUUCAGGUAAAUUACCUGAUUUUGAAAAUUCCUCUACACGCCCUAGUAGCUCUUCUAAAAUACAAGAAUCUCGAAGAGCAAAAGAUUGUAUGAAGUACUCAACUGAAAAUCGGAAUCCUAGUGAAAUAAAAAGUUCUUGUAAAUCAAUUAAUUCUGAUAGUGAAGUUUUUAACCAAGCAACUUUAAAUUGUGCAGGGGAUCAAAGUGGAGUUGCUCUAAAUGCCUCUAUUUUGGAAGAGGCUCUAGCUUUGGAGGAAGAUCUCUUAGAUAGUGCUUUAAAGGCUGAGAGAUAUAUUUUAAAAGAAGCAGAGCAACAACAAAAGAAAUUAUUAAGAGAUACUUUGGAAAAGGAGGAAUUACUAUCUCAAAUUAACUUGCAGGACCAAAAAAAGUUGCUAAAUAAUGCGUUGGAGAAGGGAGGUCAAAUGCUGAGUGAGGUCUUAAAUAAAGAACAAGAAAUCUUGGGUGAUGCCCUAUUGAAAGAACAAGAAAUAAUUGAUGAUGCCUUGAUGAUGGAAGAAGAAUUACUCAAAAAUUCACUAAAAGAUGAGGGAAAAGCCUUGGAAGAUACAAAAACAGAAAUUCAAAAUUUGAUAGACCAAGCCAAAAAACUAUUUGUAGAAAAGCCAAAAAAGAGUAAAAAAAAUAAGUCGAUCCAUAUUGAAAUAUCAUUCUCACCAAAUAAUACAAAUAAUGUGGAUAUAAAUACAGAAAGCCCAGUAAAUAUAAGGAAUAAAAGCAGUCCAAUUACAAGUCCAGAAUUUCGACAAUCUACAGUAACUCGUCCUACUCAAUUAGCCUCUAGUAAACAAUCCUCUACUACACCUAUUGAAGAAAAUAUCGAGAAUAAGUCUUCCUGUAGCAAAACUAGUCAAAGUAAUUUUCUUGUACAACAUAAGAAAUCAGAACCUGUUAUAGUAGAAAUACCUAAAGAAGAAGAAACGACAUACGAGACAUCAACUCAAACUCCUGAUGAAAAAGCAGAUAUAUCGGAAGUUCUGGGUAUUAAUUCAUCAAGUGAACAAUACCCAUUAGACAAGGAAACUGUUAUUCCAGUUACAAAAGCAGCAAUGGCACUUUUUUCUUUAAACAAAAGUGCAGAAAAGAAGAAAAAAGAUCAUGAUUUCUUUCAGUCAGCACAAACACCAGAUACUGAAGAACCAGUUAGUACUCAUAUUGAAAAUCACCCAACUUUAGAAGAACCUAAUAAUCUUGAUGUAGCUAAGAUUGAGCCAAAAUUAGGAGAUAGAGAGGUGUCAUCUGAAAUAAAAACAAAUCAACAGGGGAUUUUGGGAGGGGAUUGCAUAGAUAAACCGAAAUAUAUCGGAGAACUUGAUACUAAUAUAGACGAAAGUGAACAACUAAUAGAAGCAACCAAGAAGAAAACAAAUAAUGAUAUAAAAGAUAAAAAGGAACAGGAUGGUAAAAUACAAAAUAAAAAUAAAUCCCAAUGUGUACUUGAUUCAAAAGGUGACACUAGUGAACAUAGUCAAAGUUCUAGUUCAAUAAGAGGUCCAAUUGUGCUGGAAGAUGGAGAACUGUCAGAAAUUAGUUCAGUAAAUAUUUGUCAUCAGGAUUCACAGGUAGAUUUUGAUUGCUUUAAACGUGAUGAAACAGACUCAGUGAUAUCAGACAAUCUUAUUCCAUUUGCAGAUCAGCCUUCCAAGCCUCUUUCAACAGUUUUAAAAAGUAGUCAAGAUAAGGAGUAUAAAAAAGAAGAAGCUAUUGCAUCUGACACAAGUUCCCUAUACGCAGAGGAAGAUGAAGCCCCAACUAUCUUAACUGCAUUAAAUGCUCCAGAUGAUGUACAUAAAUUAAGGCAUUUGAACGUUCCUGACGUUUCUAUUCCCCAACUCUCAGUAAAUACUCUAGAGAAGUUGAAUGGAAGUAUGCCAGUUGUUAAUGCAGAUCCUCAAAUGGCUCAACUGUUAGCUUCUGCACAGCUACAUCUAGAAGAAAUAGAGACUGUCGAAAAAAAGACAAACAAUUGGGAUGAAGCAGAGAAACUGGCUGAAGGAGACCCACUCAAACUAUUGGAAACUUAUUUGACAAGUCCUAAUAAGAAUGGCGAUUCAUCUCUGGGUUGGGCUAAUGUUCAAGCUGUCCUCGAAGUAUAUGAACCACAGUUGUCAUAUGCAAAAAAAAACCUCAUAGAAUGGGAGGCAAAGGCACAAGAUAGUCCUAGUAACGAUGAAAUCAAAGAUAAUAUUGACUACUAUAAUGAUCUUGUAAAGGAAUUGCAAGACAAGGUCGAUAUAGCUCAGAAGGCAAAAGAUGAACUUUUGCGCAAAAAUGAUCCAAAUGUGCUACAGAAGAUGUUGGAUUCCGAACAAGAAGAUCUUCAGCAAAUCAAAACCAACAUGCAAACUGCAGCAGAUGAACUUAGAGCUGUAGAAGGAGAAUAUCUGAAAGGUAAUAUGAAUCUGAAAGAGAAAGUAAAGGCUGCAAGAAUUAAUGUUAAGCAAUUCGACGACUCCAUUUCUCAAAAACUCAAACUAAUCCAUCAAAUACAAGAACGUCUAAAUGCCUUUAGAAAUAAUUCAGCACUAAGAACUAAUUAA